AUGCCGCCUUUUGACCCUGAGCCAGCCAAUCUUAGACUGGAAUCUCCGCGUGAAGAAUAUACAAUCGAGCAAGAUCCCGAGAAAAAAGCCGACUGGGAGGCCCCCCCAGAGGGACUCCCUGAGGAAUCGGGGACAAAGGGUCGAAAAAUUCGCGGCAUUCGCUGGAUGUUGAUAUGCGUCUCGCUUUAUAUCACUUGUUUCCUGUACGGACUCGAUACGACGAUUGCGGCAGAUGUUCAGGGCCCUGUCAUCGCAGCAUUUGGCCAUGUCGAUCAAUUCUCCUGGAUUGGAGCCGGGUUCCCACUGGGCUCCGUAUGCGUUGUUCUCUUGCUUGGUACCCUUUUCAACACCUUCAACAUGAAAUGGGUCUACAUUGCGACCGUGGUGCUUUUUGAGGUGGGUUCGGCUGUCUGUGGCGCUGCUCCAGACAUGAACGCUCUGAUUGUUGGCCGUGUCAUUGCCGGGGCUGGGGGCAGCGGCAUAUACCUCGGAUCACUACAAUACUUUGCUGUCAUGACCGGGGAGAAGGAGCGUGGCCUUUAUAUGUCCCUCAUCGCUGCCUUCUGGGGGCUUGGAUGUGUUCUGGGGCCUCUUAUUGGCGGCGCCUUUGCCGUGUCCUCAGCAACCUGGCGCUGGGCCUUUUACAUCAAUCUGGUUAUUGGUGCCAUCUCUGCUCCUGCAAUCUUGCUAUGCCUGCCACCUAUCUCUCUGAUGCAAGGCGUUAGCAUGCCAGAUAGGCUGGCUUCCAUUGACUUUGUAGGCUUCGUGCUUGGCUCCGGGGUCUGGGUCAGCUUUCUCCUCGCAUUUACAAUGGCCGGUGGCCAAUGGGCAUGGAACGACGGGCGAACCAUUGCGACAUUUGUUGUAUUUGGUGUGGUUCUGGUCGCCUAUGCCUUGCAGCAAUACUUUGCUAUCUUCACCACGCCCGCUCGGCGUGCAUUCCCCGGGCAUCUGCUGCGAGACCGUACGCAGGUGCUCUUAUACAUCGUGACAGCCGCUGGAAUUACGUCGGUAUUCGUCGUCGUCUACUACCUUCCUAUCUACUUUCAGUUUGUGAACAACGACGGAGCCCUUAUGGCGGCCGUGCGUCUGUUACCAUUUGUUGUCAUCGCCGUGGCGGUCAACCUUGUCUCGGGGUCGCUCCUCCACUUCAUCAAGCUCUACAAACUCAUCUUUCUCAUCGCCAGCGUCUUCUUGCUGGUAGGCGGUGGUCCCUUGGUGGCUUAUUUGGAACCCAGUACGGCGACGGGCACUAUCUAUGGCUUGUCAAUUCUCGCUGCAGUUGGUAGCGGUCUGUCGAUGGUAACCGGCUAUACGGUUUCAACAUUGACUACGAGGCCCGAGGACACAGGCGCUGGACUGAAGAUGCAGAAUGUUUCCCAGAUUGGUGGCCAGGUUAUCGCACUCGCCAUCGCGGGACAGAUCUACCGAUCGCGGGCCAUUGCCAAUCUGCAAUCUGCUCUUGCUGGUCACGGAUACUCGUCCCAAGAAAUUGGGGGCGCGGUGGCCGGUGCACAGAGCUCACUGUUCCAGGACCUGGAUGUUGAACUAAGGGACAAAGCAGUCGAGGCUAUCUCACAGGCGAUGAAGACGACGUUUGUGCUGGUUCCUGUUGCGGGGGGCGCCAUGUUCAUUGCAGCCAUGUUCAUGAAGUGGGAGAAGCUCUUCGGGCAUUCUGUUGCUGUUGGUGGUUAA